AUGGACAACGCUCCCAUUCAUAAAAGUACUGAAGUCCAAGAAUUAAUUUCUCAAAUGUGGUCCAAGAUCAAGCUGAAUAUUCGGAGAGGGGAAGUUACUGAGAAGGAUACUUUGAUUCCACGAAUCAGCGAAGCUGCUAGGAAAGUUACCGUUUCCAAUUGCGAAGGUUGGAUUAGACAUUCCAUAUCGUUUUUUGAUAGGUGUUUAAACAUGGAGUCAAUGUUGUAG